CAACAGUUGGGACAGGCUGGAUGAUGCAGCUAAAAUGAUCGAGGUUUAAGACAAAGGUCCUGAGAACUUGCCUGACAUUUUUGAUCAGCCACACAACACUCCUGUCAGGUGGUCCUUAGUCACUACUCAUGUUUGGGAAGUGACUGAGCGAGUUCAUAGUCGUCAGUCUGCCACACGGGUGGCUUUUUGUUCUAUCGGUGGUUCAAGGGCAUUUCUUCUACAAUGGCCUUGGUAAGGAUGUUAGUGCUGUCUCUACUCCAUGUGUCUCUAGUUGGGUCACAGCCUGCCAAAGCUUCACAGCAGCCGUCAAGCACUCCUCAUCCUGCAGGAGAGCAAUCUCCUUUGGGGACUGACAAUCUGUCCUUCCCCUGGAGUCGCCUUCGUCUGCCAAGAUACAUAAUUCCUCUUCACUAUCGCCUCCUCGUGCACCCAAACCUCACAAGUCUCAGUUUCACUGGUUCAGUCCAGAUCCAGAUUGAGGUCAAGAACAACACGAAUUGGGUUGUAUUGCACAGUAAAGGUCUGCAGAUCUCAAAGGCCACCAUACUGAACCAGAACCUCGGUCUUCUGUCUGAACAGGUUCUUCCAGUUCUUCAUAACCCCUCUCAUGAGCAGAUAGGCAUUUUCUCACCCUGGGUGCUCAGCAGUGGACAAAAGUACUUCCUGUAUAUUGAGUUUGGAGCAGAGCUUGCAGAGGGUUUCUAUGGUUUCUAUAGGAGCACCUACAGAACCAGUGCAGGAGAGAUCAGAACAUUAGCGUCAACUCACUUUGAGCCCACCAGUGCUCGGACAGCAUUCCCUUGUUUCGAUGAGCCAAACUUCAAAGCCAACUUCUCCAUACGUAUCAGGAGGAGCCCAGAGUACAUUUCGUUGUCCAACAUGCCCAUAUUCAAGACAGUUGAAGUAAACACUGGCCUUUUGGAGGACCGCUUUGCCACAAGUGUGAAGAUGAGCACAUACCUCGUAGCUUUUAUUGUCUGUGAUUUCAAAUCUGUUACUGCAACAACAUCCUCUGGGGUGCAGGUUUCCAUCUAUGCCACCCCUGAGAAGUGGAAUCAGACCCACUAUGCCCUGAAGGCUGCUGUCAAAAUGCUUGACUUCUAUGAUGAGUAUUUCAACAUCCACUAUCCUCUACCCAAACAAGACCUGAUAGCCAUCCCAGACUUCCAGUCUGGUGCGAUGGAAAACUGGGGUCUGACCACCUACAGAGAGACGAGCCUUCUGUUUGAUCCACUUACAUCCUCUGUUUCUGAUAAACUGUGGGUUACUAUGGUGAUCGGCCAUGAGCUUGCCCAUCAGUGGUUUGGUAACUUGGUGACGAUGGAGUGGUGGAACGAUAUUUGGCUGAACGAAGGCUUUGCUAGAUACAUGGAGUACAUUUCAGUCGAGGCCACCUACCCUGAAAUGAAAGUGGAGGAAUAUCUACUGCAUACCUGUUUUGCAGCAAUUGGACAUGAUUCAUUGAACUCCUCUCGACCAAUAUCCAGUCCAGCAGAUAACCCCACUCAAAUCAAACAAAUGUUUGACACAGUUUCCUAUGACAAGGGAGCAUGUAUCCUGCACAUGCUGCGACACUUUCUAACAGAUGAUGUGUUCCAGAGGGGGAUAGUGCGUUACCUCCGCAAAUACAGCUACAGGAAUGCAUGCAACCAAGAUCUGUGGGACAGUCUGGCCAAUACAUGCACAGAGGAGGACUUCAGCUCAGGAAAACACUGUUAUAGCAGCAGCCAGGCCUCCAAGAAUGCAUACCUGUUUGCAGGGGAACAUCUGGACUUGACAGCCAUAAUGAACACUUGGACUCUGCAGAAAGGUGUUCCUCUGGUGACUGUAACGAGGAAGGGGUCUUAUCUGCUGCUUAAACAGAACAGGUUCCUGAGGACAGUGUUGCCUUCUGACCCCCUCUGGUCCACAGUGCAACAGGGUUUUCUUUGGAAUAUCCCUCUGACAUACAAGACAGAUACUUCUAGCACCACCCACAGACACCUGAUGACAACACACACAGACAGUGUACAUAUAGGAGCGGACGUCAGCUGGGUAAAGGUAAACUCUGACAUGACAGGCUACUAUGUGGUUCAUUAUGAGGAUGGUGGUUGGGAUGAGAUGGCCAAGCUACUGAGGGAAAACCACACUGCUCUCAGCUAUAAAGAUAGGACUCAGUUGAUACACAACGCCUUUCAACUGGUCACGGCAGGUUAUCUACCGCUCAAUAAAGCCUUUGACUUGAUUGGUUAUCUGCAAUUGGAGACACACACAGUUCCUCUCCUUGAAGGACUUGGCUAUCUGGAGACCUUUUACGGGAUGAUUGAGAAAAGGAAUGAGCUUGAUCUAGUUCACAACCUGGGGAUGUACAUCCUCCGAUUCUUCCGUGCUGUCAUUGACCAGCAGACAUGGAGUGAUGAGGGUUCUGUGUCAGAACGACGAUUGAGGUCGGACGUCCUCUCUCUGGCGUGCCACUUGGAUGACCCUCCCAGUCGGAAGCGGGCACGUCAGAUCUUCGAAGACUGGCUUCAGUCCAAAGGAACACUCAACCCACCCACUGAUGUGGCAGAGAUUGUAUAUUCAGUCGGAGCACAGGAUGACCACGGCUGGGAUUCACUCUUCCAUGCAUACAACACCUCCCUCUCUUCAGCACAAAAACAAAAAAUUCUGUUUGCCUUGACCAGCAGCAGGGACACCAACAAACUAAACAGACUGCUGGAGCUGGGUCUGGAAGGGAAGGUAAUACGAUCUCAGGACUUGUCCUCUGUCAUCCUGAUGGUGGCCAGACAACCUCAGGGACAUCAUCUCGCCUGGAACUUUGUCAAAAAAAACUGGAGCACAAUGGUUCAGAAAUUCCAGCUGGGCUCAUCUGACAUAAGAAACAUCCUUAUUGGCACCACAGGCCAGUUUUCAUAUCCGGAGGAACUCGCUGAUAUAAAGUUGUUCUUUGAGUCCAUCAAAGAACAGGCGUCUCAGCUGAGAGCUACUCAGCUUGCCCUGGAAAACGUGCAGAAAAAUAUUCGCUGGAUGCAGAGGAAUCUGGAGACUCUGAGAAACUGGCUGAAUGAGAAGAAUGACGUGAAAAACAGCUGAAGAACAGAUGGUGGUUGAGUUUUUAAUGUGUUUCUUUAUUUGGAGAAUGUAACGUGCUAAAUACUGAAGAGUUGAUCAUUUUGUGUGUAAAAACUGUUUUGUACAUUUUCAGGGGAUUUAUUUGUUAGAACAACAUUGUCUGUGUGGUUUAAUGCGUGCGUGUGUGUGUGUGUGUGUGUGUGUGUGUGUGUGUGUAUGUGAGUGUGCACGUUUUUGUUACCUCAUUGGGAAAUUAUCUAGUAUAAACACCAACUUUGUCGGGACCAGUAGUCCUCGUGGGGACAAAAGCCCUGUCCUAAUGAGGCCAAACGAUAUUUCUGAGGUCCUGUUUAAAGUGAGGGUUGGCGUUGGACGGGGUAGCUGUUAAAAAUGAAUGGCAGUCAGUACAAUGUCCUAACAAGCAUAACUGUGCAAACUUGCAUGUGAGUGUGUGUAUAUCUGUGGGUUUGUGAGGGAGAGAUAAUCAUUGUAAAGUGACACACAGAUUCUGUGUAAAUGAUUAUUCACCAAAUAGACAAUAAAGGCGUUCAUUGUACCUAUUGGCACCUUUGUGCC